CUAGUUAGACGAACCAUGAAGCGCCCUAAACAAUGUGGACCGUGGUUGUCCGACGAAGGAUGCGACGACACUUUAUUUCUUUAUAGUCACCGUGGAAAUACUUUUGCCUAAACGCUGCGAAAAGCAAUCGUUAGAAACUCACUCUGCCUCGUGGGGUUACAUUGUGGAUACAUCGCAUUGGAGAUCGGUGUUUGGCAUUGUUUAUAGUGCAAUAACGUUGUUGAUGGGGAUUUUGCUAGAUAAUUGUCACAUGCCAUCCGGUUUGUUGCGCGCUAUAGCUAUACUAGACAGCCAGCGCAUUUUCAUUAUGAGUUCCACGUGUAGGGUAUCGUGCAUUUGUGCUCUGGUUUUGCCCUGGGAUUUACCGGCGGAAGCACAACGGCACGCUCGAGCCGAGCCACAGCUGAACGACAGGCCGGCAAGGAUUAAAAAGUUAUUGCCCCCACCCACCCGGCACACUUUCCCCUGAGUGUCGGUUCCUUGUUGGAACAGCUGCAAUACGAGAGCGCGCGCGUCUUGUGUACUCAACGACGCGGACGAUUUUCUAGGCGUGCUGCAUAUUCCAUGCGCGGAAUAUACUACGCUGAGCUGCAUCUCGGACGGGGUCAGUGACUUGGGCAGUGACUCUUCCGGGAGCCGACGACAGUUCUGCCUACGUCAUGUCCAGCGCGUCGUCACCACCAGAAAGCCAUAAAGCCGGCAGCCGUCAAGCAUUGAUCUCUCAGACAUCGCUUGCCUGUCCGAAGGUUCGCAAGGAGUCGUCAUGGCGGCUUGGAGCACCGUCGUCGUCGUUUCUCUGGUCUUUCUUCACCACAGCCGCGCUGCGAGCGAGAGUGAGAUUCUGUCCAACUUCAGGCGCUGUCAGCGGGUGUGCAACCGAGUGUUGAGUAACACCAGCCUGCUGGGCGUUGUGGUGGGCGUCGGCGAGAACCUGCAGAACGCCACUGCCACCGUGGGCACCGGCAUCCGCGGAGGCAUCCAGGGCGUCGCCACGGGCGUCCGCCAGGGAACGGCCGCCGUUGUCGAGAACGUCCGUAAGAACAUACAGGCUGUCAGAAACGGUAUCCGGCCCAACAGGUACCCUGAGGACGACUACAAGGAGAACAGCCCUUUGCCUCCCGAGGAGCAGUUCUACGUGGUUCCUGCUCCAUGACACCACCGCUA